AUUAGAAAUUUGAAUACUAUCGCUAGCAACCUACCGAUAUGCCAAACAAUAUCCAACGCUCCCGUUUCGCUGUCGCCCGUAUUCUGAUUCUCUUCUUCAUUACCAGUUGUUUUGCUCGUGCUGCUACCCAUGCUAUUGAGCAUAGAAGCUCUGAGCAAGCGCGAGCCUCAGUCGUCCCCGUCGGGGUGGUUCUUGACCUAGACUCGCCGUUGGGCACCAUGGCGGAUUUGUGCAUGGAAAUGGCGGUCUCGGACUUUUAUGCCGCUCAUCCAAACUAUACUACUAGAUUGCGGUUGCACACCAAGACUGCGAAGAGUGUUCUUGAGGCUAAUUUUGCAGUUCUAGAGAUGUUGCAGCAUGAAGAAGUUCAUGGGAUAGUAGGGACACAGGAUCCAAUUGAAGAAACAUUCUUUGUGGAGCUUGGAGAAAAAGUUCAUAUGCCGAUUAUCUCCUUCACUGCAAGAACUUCGACUCUCUCCUACAAAGAAAACCGCUACUUUGUCAGGGCAACACCGGAUGAUGCCAUUCAAGCACAGGUACUUGCAACGAUCUGCCAGGGAUUUGAAUGGCAUGAGGUGGUUGUUUUGUACGAGGACACCGAUUAUGGUAAUCAGUUUCUUUCUUAUAUGAAUAAGGCAUUUCAAGAGGUUGAAAUUAGGCUAGCAUAUGGGAUUGCUUUUUCUAGUUCUGCUGAGGAUAGUCAUCUUGUGCAACAAUUGGACAAGUUAAGAACACAGCAGACAAGGGUCUUCGUAGUGCACAUGAACCCUUAUCUUGGUUUUCGUUUGUUCAAUCUUGCUAAAAAAGUAGGAGUUAUGAGUGAAGGGUUUGCGUGGAUCAUGACGGAUAGUUUAUCCAACUUUGUGAACUCCAUGGAUACUGUCACUCGUGAUUCAAUGCAAGGAGUUCUAGGCAUAAGACCUUACAUAUCGCACUCAGAAGAUCUUGAAAGUUUUCAAGAAAGGUGGAAAAGGAAUAUGAUACUCAAGAACACUACCGGUCCACUUAUGAAACUAAAUGCUUAUUGCUUAUGGGCAUACGACGCAGUGACUGCAUUGGCUAUUGCAAUAGAGAAUAUUGCACCAUUAAAUUCAACCUUAUUUGAUAUUAAUGUAACUCGAAAUGGGACAGAUAAGAGAUUGAGAAUCUCAAGAAUUGGUCCCCAGCUUCUCGAUAAAUUAUCAAGCACAAAAUUUAGGGGCUUGAGUGGAGACUUUGAGUUGGUUGAUGGGAAACUGAAGCAAUCUGCAUUUGAGAUAUUCAAUGUCAUUGGAAAUGGAGAGAAAAGUGUAGGAUACUGGACAAGAAAUAGAGGCAUAACAAGGGAAUUGAAUUCAACUGGUACAACAAUAUACUCGACAUCAGUGAAAGAACUCAAAAGUAUCACAUGGCCCGGAGAUUCUGUUAUACGACCAAAGGGAUGGGCUAUCCCUGCAACUGGGAAGCUGAGAGUUGGACUUCCUUGGAAACAUGGAUUCACAGAAUUUGUUAAUGUGAUUAUUGAUCCUGCAACAAAACAAACAAAUGCAACUGGAUUUUCGAUAAGUAUCUUCUUGGCUACCUUGGAUUUGUUGCCUUUCCCAAUCAAUUAUGAAUUUUAUCAUUAUAAUGAUACAAAAAAUAUUGAUUGGAGCUAUGACGACAUGCUGCAUGAGAUACCUCAGAAAUUUGAUAUGGUAGUGGGAGAUACUACAAUUUGGGCUCCAAGAGCAGCAUAUGUUGAUUUCUCACUCCCCUAUUCUGAAUCAGGAGUCAUUCUAGUGGUUAAAAAUAAGAAGCCAUUUGACAUGUGGAUCUUUGUUAAGCCUUUGAGGUGGGAUCUUUGGUUGGCAAUAAUCGUAGCAUGCUUUCUGAUGGGAAUAGUUCUUCACAUAUUGGAACGUCGGGUUACUAGAGAAGACACGGAUUUGUUAAGCGCAAACACGGAGCGACCUAGAAUGGUUUAUUGGUCUCCAGUAGCAGUUCUUGCUUUCCCUGAAAGGAAUAUGGUCUCAAAUAACUGGUCCUUUUUUGUGUUGGUGGUUUGGUUGUUCAUGGCAUUCAUUCUGAUGCAAAGCUACACGGCUAACUUAUCAGCAAUUCUGACAGUUGACCAGUUAAAGUUUGCAUUUUCUGACAAUUAUUAUAUCGGUUGCCAAGAGGGUUCGUUCAUGAAAGAAUUUUUGAUAGAGCAACUACAUAUUAGCGCAUCAAGGCUCAGGACCUACUCUUCAGCCGAAGAUUACCAUAAUGCUAUGUCCUUGGGAAGCAAAAACGGAGGCAUAGAUGCCAUAUUUGAUGAGAUUCCUUACAUGAAGCUUUUUCUCAACAAAUACGACUCUCAAUAUAAAAUGGUCGGGCCGACGUACAGGACUGGUGGUUUCAGCUUUGCUUUUCCCCGUGGUUCUCCCUUAGUUUCACAUUUCUCAAAGGCAAUCAUGGAUGUUACUCAAGGUCCAAACAUGACAGCUAUUGAACAGGAAAAUUUCGGACCUGGAUACUCUUCCCAGGAUCCACUUUCCUCGACGAUCUCACAACAGACAUCCAGUCUUACUUUGCAUGACUUUGCAGGCCUCUUCCUUAUUAUAGGAUCAGUAACAAUAUUUGCACUUUUCUGCUCAGAGACGACAAUUGGACGAAAAGUAAUUGAUAAAGCCGAAAAUUUCAUCCCAGAUUGCUUGCGUUCUAAGACUUCACAAGGUAAUUCAAUGCAGAAUUCUCGUGCUGAUGAUGGAGAUUUAGGACAAGGAAGAGAUGAUGAGGAAAUUCCCGAACCCGUGCAAGACAAUGUGAGUAAUCCUAGAGAAGACACAGAUGCACGUGUUGUUGGAGAGGUGGAACUGAUCCAUGAAAUUGGCUCCAGUAAUUCUCAAAAUUUUGGAAUGAGAAUUGAGUGUAAUGAGGAGAGAAGAAACUCAUAAUGCCAUUAAAACAUUUGUUCUGUCUUAGUUGUUAGUUGUCCAUAGGGCAUUCUCCAUUUACAUAUAUGUAACUAGUGUUCCAUUAUUCAUAUUUAAUGCAUAUAUGCUACGAUUUUUCAGUCCUGUUGCCUGCA